AUGCGUCUAGCGGUCAAGCCGGACAAGAGCAAACUCGCCAUCAGAGCGCGCAUGGGUCCCAGUGGAGUCCUGCGCUGCGCUGCGCUGCGACUAGCCCGACUGGCCCACAAAAAGGAGCGGCAUCCGCUGCGUGCUCGCCGGAUGACGCUGCGUGCGCGGAUUGCAAAAGUGCUCGGGACCAAGGGAUCAGCAUUCCUCGUCUGCCUAUUGUCGGGCCGGCUGCGAGGUGUGCGCCGUGCUUCGAUCGCCUCUCGCCUCUCGUCUCAAAGCAUCCAAGCGAUGCGUCCAAACAGCGAGCCACACAGGCUGGCUGAUGGCUGA